AAUCCUUUGUAAUGGCCAACAAGAAAGAGCCUCCUUUUUUCAAUGAAGACAACUUGGGACUAUUUCACUACAAGCUGCCUUUUUAUGAAAAUAUGGAGCUCUUUAUUGAAACGCUUACGGGCACGUGCUUUGAACUGCGAGUGUCUCCCUUUGAAACUGUGAUUUCUGUGAAAGCUAAAAUUCAAAGACUGGAAGGUAUUCCUGUUUCUCAGCAGCACUUAAUUUGGAAUAAUAUGGAACUGAAGGAUGACUACUGUUUGAAUGAUUAUAACAUUUCAGAAGGCUGCACUCUGAAGUUAGUUCUGGCUAUGCGAGGUGGACCUAUUAACACUAGAAGAGUUCCUGUGGAAGACCCAAUUAGGGAAAUGGCUGAAUAUAUGGAUCCCAGUAGAGAUGAGAUCUGGGAGAAGGGGCCAUCCAACAAACAAGUUACCUUUCUAGUAUAUCGAGAGGGAGAUCAGCUGAACUUCUUCCGUGUGGUAGACCGGGGAGAUGGUACUUUAACGCCAUUGUCUGAGUCUUUGAGUGGUGGAUCAGUUUAUAACUUGUAUGCUGAUGAUGAAGAUGAAACCGAGGCAUCACCUUCUGGACAACAGAUUAUUGAAAAUUCAAUUACUAUGAAUAAAAUGAAGCUGCUCAAGGCAAAGAUGGAGAACAUGAAUCUGAGUAAAAAGCCUAAGAAAACCGUCAAGGUGAAACCUCGUCCUCCAGUGGCUCCUCGACCAUCUAGUAGCUCAGUGGCUGCUGCUGCUCGUCACAGGUUUUUAAGAGUGCUCCCCCACAUCGGACAGUCCUGCCUACCUCCUCCUGGGAAUUCGUAUCCUUCAGAAUCUUCCCAAAAUGCACUUUCUGCUUUGGCUACCUUGGCCACUGCUGGUAGAGCAAUGUCAUCCACAACCAAUGACUUUCUAAAGGAGGAUGACACCUGGCAGAGCACCUCUUGGUCUCAGUCAGUUAGUAGCAUUAGGUUACCACCGAAAAUAUCUCGUGUUGAACUGGAAAAUGCAAAACUACCAACAAGUGGUAUUUUGACUCCUCCUUCCUCUCUGCGUACAAGUUCAGAAAAGUCAUCUGAAAAUGUGGCCUCUCCAAAUGAGAGGGAUUCUAUUCUAUAUGCAAAUCUAACAAAUUUAGAACCAUAUGGAACAGAAGAAAAACUUCCACCUGAAACUGAUGCUUUUGCUUUGUUAACAGAAGCAAGCACCACUGAACAGUAUAGUGAGAUAUAUGACAUAGGAAAGGUGAACCCAGAACUUGGACUGACUGAUAGGGAUGAAGACUCUAAGGUUGUAGAGCAACAGAGAAAACCUGUUAGCAAAGUGCUGAGCACUGCUGCAAUGGAGGCUGGACUUCUCAGUACUCAUGAAUUAAGUCCCCAGAAGAAUACGCUUCUGACACCUCUCCAGUAUUCAGCACAGGUGGCACAUCACAGUCCUCUGAAACCACAACCACAAACCAAAUGUUUUGAGGUUGGGAAAAUGAGAUCUGCGGCCUCUCCAAACAUGCUCCGAUCUUUGGAAGUCCACAGCAUAGCGGAUUCUUCCUUUUCUAGGACUACUAGAUUUCGUGGCAUGAAAGUAGAUUCACUUGGCAAAAGGCCUGAUGUAAUUUCUAACGCAGAGCCUAGGGACAUUACAGAUGUGGCCCACAAAGCAUCCAAAGAACCCACAAAUUCUGUAAAUAACUUGGGAUUUCUAACUUCGCUGUCCCGAAGUGCAAGCAGGGAAAACUUACAGAGUUCCUGUGGGACAGGCAGGUUUCGGACUUCUGGUAUUGCACUGCCUACAAACCUUCAGUGUUUUCAGGAAGAAAGCUUUAGGAAAAUGGCUCCCCCAAAUGAAGCUGCUGAAUACAUUCUAUCUUCACAUGGGCUUGGAAUGAAUGGAAGUGUUGCAGCUGUAGGGAAAAGAAUAGCAGGUGAAACAACCCAUCUUCCACCUGUGAAUGGCUCAAUUCAAGCAAAAAAGAAAAUUACAAAGCAUUGCUUUCUUUGUGGCAAGAAAACUGGAUUGGCAACCAGCUAUGAGUGCAGAUGUGGAAACAACUUCUGUGCGACUCACCGCUAUGCAGAGACUCACGCCUGCACCUACGACUAUAAGAGUGCAGGGCGAAGGUAUUUGCAGGACACCAAUCCCGUCGUUAGUGCACCAAAGCUUCCCAAAAUCUAACUUGGUUGUGCUGCAUGUGGCCGUUCUGCCAUUGAAGAAUUGUAUUGCAUUCAGAGAAGCACUUGCUUAAACUGCAUAAUUUUGCCCUGCUCCAUAUCUAAAGAUUUGACGAGUAACAAAAGCACAUGAGGACGCAUCCUAUUGAAGAAUAAUGUGAACACUACUGCAGUUAACACUUUUCUUUAGUGAAUGAAAAGCUAAAGAUAGUUUUUAAAAAUUGACACUAUGAUUUAACUGUUACUGCACGUCUUGUGUUAAGUGUUUUAUAUUUGGAAAGCUAUUUCACUAGACAAGUCUUUGAAAGAUGCACUUUACUAACUUUAUUUACUGUAACCAGACUUGAGGGGGUGCUGUAAUGAGGGUGUCAUGUAAUGUCUUCUGUACUCUUGCGUUUUGUCCAUUGCGUGGGAUUUUUAAGUUAUUUCGCUAGAAAGAUUCUCUUCCCUCCCUUUUCUUCAAACAGCCUGCUGAGAUCUUCAAGGGGUGCAGCAUUCUGUCCCUCUGUUCCAUUCAGAUUGGUAUCCGUAUACUGUGUAUCCAUUCUGAAAAUGACAUAUCAUGUUAAUCACACUUUCUUAAAAUGAUACUGUUUAUAGGCAAGUUUUUUUAAAUAGAAAAUUUCCCCUUUGUUGCCAUUAAAUAUAAGGAACAAUUUAUUUUAACUUUUUUUGUAAUCCUAGAUUUUUUAAGACUUCACAAUUUGGUUUGUUAAGAUGUUGAAUGCUGUUACUGGAGGAAAUUCUAAUAAAUAUUAAAUUUUA